AUGGAAGAGCUGAGGAUGGAUCCAGGAAUGCUCCUGGCAGCUCCUGGUGCCCCCACCCUCACGGCUGUGCCGGUGCCAGGCCUUGGCAUCACCCAGCUGGCAUUCCAGGGUGCCAAGGAAGCCCUGCAGGGCGGGCAGGGUGAGGUGCUGCGGGCCGGUUUGUGGGAAGACGACGAGAACGCGGCCACUUUCUACCUGGACAGCGGCGACGGCAACGCGGCCACGGUCAUCUAUGACUACAGGAAUCUGCUGGUGAGCUACAGAGCCCGGCUGCACCACGCCUGCUACGUGACCAGAGUGGACCAGGACAACAUCCCGGGGCUGGACAGCGUGGUGGAGACCUUCCAGCGCCGGCAGGCUGAAGACAAGAUCGCCAUGCCCUUGGCUGACCGCUCCAUGCUGGGCACCACGGCGGGCAUCCUGUGCAGCCUCCUGCCCGUCUACUGGGCUUAG